GCGCCCUCUCUUUGGCCACGCGCCUGCGCGCUCCCCACCAUCGCACGUGACGUCAGAGAGCAGCAUGGCGGCCAAGGUGCAGUCAACCAAAAGGGCUGACCCGAAUGAGCUGAAGGUCAUCUUUCAAAAGUAUGCCAGUGUGGUGGAGAAGGAUGGAGAGCGGUACAUGACACCCAUUGAUUUCGUGCAGAGGUAUUUGGGUCUCCACACGCAGCUCCACUACAACCCGAAAACUGUGCAACUGCUCGCUGGAGUUGCCGACACCACAAAAGAUGGGCUGAUCUCAUUCCAGGAGUUUCUGGCGUUUGAGUCUGUGCUGUGUGUGCCAGAUGCUCUCUUCAUUGUGGCCUUCCAGCUGUUUGACAAGACCGGCACUGGUGACGUGUCUUUUGAGAACGUGCGUGAUAUUUUCAGUCAGACAACUGUGCACCAUCACAUUCCUUUUAACUGGGACUGUGAGUUCAUCCGCUUGCAUUUUGGCAAUGGCAGAAACAAACGCCUCAGCUACUUGGAGUUCACUCAAUUCCUGCAGGAGCUGCAGUUGGAACAUGCUCGACAGGCAUUCGCACAGAAAGACAAGGUCAAGAUUGGCGUAAUUUCUGCCUUGGACUUCAGUGACAUCAUGUCCACCAUCAGACAUCAUAUGCUCACACCUUUCGUGGAGGAAAACCUGGUCUCUGCACCAGGGGGUGGUACCUCUCACAUGGUGAGCUUCUCCUACUUCAAUGCCUUCAAUUCUCUCCUGAACAACAUGGAACUGAUCCGUAAAAUCUACAGCACUCUUUCUGGAACUCGCAAGGAUACACUUGUUACUAAAGAGGAGUUUGUUCAUGCUGCAAAUAAGUUCGGUCAGAUCACUCCUAUGGAAAUCGACAUCCUGUUUCAGCUAUCAGGACUGCACUCCCAAACGGGACGGUUAAAUCUGGCUGAUAUUGAGAGGAUAGCGCCGCUGGAGGAAGGAGCUCUGCCAUAUAAUCUGGCUGAGGUGCAGAGACAGCAUUCACAUGGGGAAGUAUCUCGGCCUGUGUGGCUGCAGGCAGCUGAGUCGGCCUACAGGUUUGCCCUGGGCUCCAUCGCUGGAGCUACGGGUGCCACAGCUGUGUAUCCCAUAGAUCUGGUAAAGACUCGUAUGCAGAACCAGCGCUCUACUGGCUCCUUUGUGGGAGAGCUCAUGUACAAAAACAGUUUUGACUGUGCCAAGAAAGUCCUGCGAUACGAGGGCGCCUUCGGCUUUUAUAGAGGCUUGUUGCCCCAGCUUAUCGGAGUGGCUCCAGAGAAAGCCAUCAAGCUCACUGUCAAUGACUUUGUAAGAGACAAAUUUACCACGAAAGACAACACGAUACCUUUGGUUGCUGAAAUACUCGCUGGUGGUUGUGCUGGUGGAUCGCAGGUUAUUUUCACCAACCCUCUGGAAAUCGUUAAGAUUCGUCUCCAGGUUGCCGGGGAGAUCACCACAGGUCCCAGAGUGAGCGCUCUCAAUGUGGUCAGAGACCUCGGCUUCUUUGGCCUCUACAAGGGUGCCAAGGCUUGUUUCCUGCGUGAUAUCCCCUUCUCUGCCAUCUAUUUCCCAGUGUACGCUCAUACAAAGACACAAAUGGCAGAUGAAGAUGGGAGACUGGGGCCACUUCAGCUCCUCACAGCUGGUGCCAUCGCAGGUAUCCCAGCUGCAUCACUCGUCACCCCUGCUGAUGUUAUCAAAACACGACUGCAGGUGGCUGCCCGUGCUGGCCAGACGACUUAUACUGGAGUGAUCGACUGUUUCAGGAAGAUCAUGGAGGAGGAGGGCUUCAGAGCAUUAUGGAAGGGAGCUGGAGCUCGUGUGUUCAGGUCGUCUCCUCAGUUUGGUGUGACUCUGGUGACCUACGAGCUCCUUCAGCGAUGGUUAUACGUCGACUUUGGAGGACAACGCCCUGCUGGUUCUGAACCAAGGCCUAAAUCGCGGAUCUCAGAGCUUCCUCCUGUCAGUUCUGAGCACGUUGGUGGCUAUCGUCUGGCUGCUGCCACUUUUGCUGGGGUGGAGAACAAGUUCGGACUGCACCUGCCCAAGUUCAAAUCCUCUGGGGUUGUGACCCUUCACUCCGAAACCCCCAAGGAACAAGCAACUUCAUCAUAAAAACAUGCCCCGCCCACUCCGGCCUCAUCCUCCAAUGUCUGCAUGCCUCCCUCCUGCUGUCUGGCCUACAUUAUUUUUCACUCCGUUUUUAUUUUCUCCAUUUGUUUUUCAGUUUUUAGGUGGGGGGACUAGGGGAGUUAACCUCAUUUUCAGGGCCUUGUUAGUUUAACCCUCAUCAGCACCUCAGAUUUGAUGAAGUACACUGGGUAAAGGUCGUAGAUGGUGUGAUUGCUAAAGCACAUGGUUAAGCAUUUUCUUUACCACACUGAUCAAGUCCUAAAGUGGAUAAAGUGAAAUACUUAAUAACAAGGGCUUAAGAUAUCUUCGUCAGCCACUGGCUAAUACUGAACUUACAACCAUGUGGCUGUAGUAAGAGUUAAAGUAAUAAUUCACCCAAAAAUGAAAAUUGGUUGACAGUUGUCAUUUUUGGUUUAACUAUUUCUUUAAAGAAACUCCUGAAAGAAAAGCUUAACACACAUUCUUAGUUUUAUGUUCCUCCCCGAAAUAUAAAUAUUUGCUGCUUUUGAGUUUUAUUCUCAUGUUUACUGAUGUAUUGAUAUGAGCGAAGCAUGCUGUAGUGCUCUUCAUUUGCUCAUUUGGCUUUGCGUAGCUUGCACAUGUACUGUAUAUACAUGUACAUCUCAUGCACCGAGAGACAUUUCUCUGCGUCAUACUGAUGGAUGUACCAAGAAAUAAUGGUUGAUUUGAAAUAUAG